GGAGCGAUGGCGGUCCCUGGACUCAUGAGCCCACCAUAUGGGGCCCUGUGCACCCAGCUGCUGCUGUCUCUCUGGGUUUUCAGUUUUGUUGGUGAGGCCUGUAAAACGGUGACAUUUCAUGUGCCUGCGACCCUAGAGGCGGACCGGAUCAUCGGAAGAGUUGAUCUGAAAGAGUGUCUAAGAUCUGCUGAUGGCAUCAGGCCAAAUGAUCCUGAUUUCAGAGUUCUAGAUGAUGGGUCAGUUUAUACAGCCAGAGCUGUUGUGCUGCCUGAUGAGAAAAGAUCGUUUACCAUUCAGCUUUCUGACUCAAAGAGGCAGACACAAAAAGAGAUCGCUGUAAUUCUGGAAAGCCAGAAGAAGGUAAGCAAAAAGAGACACACUAAGGACACUGUCCUUAGGAGGGCCAAGAGAAGAUGGGCACCCAUUCCCUGUUCCAUGCAAGAGAAUUCCUUGGGUCCCUUCCCACUGUUUCUUCAACAGGUUCAGUCUGAUGCAGCUCAGAACUACACCGUCUUCUACUCAAUAAGUGGACGUGGAGUUGACCAAGAACCACUGAAUUUGUUUUUCAUAGAGAGAGACACUGGGAAUCUGUAUUGUACUCGCCCCGUGGAUCGUGAGGAAUAUGAUGUUUUUGAUCUGAUCGCCUAUGCAUCCACUGCAGACGGUUAUUCGGCAGAUUUACCUCUCCCACUGCCGAUCAAAGUUGAGGAUGAAAAUGACAACUACCCUCUUUUUACAGAAACAGUUUAUAACUUUGAAGUUCCAGAAAGCAGUAGACUUGGUACUGUAGUGGGUACGAUUUGCGCCACGGAUAAAGAUGAGCCUGACACGAUGCACACGCGCCUCAAGUACAGCAUCUUGGAGCAGCAGCCACCGUCACCUGGGCUCUUUUCUGUGCACCCUGACACUGGCGUCAUCACCACCGUCUCUCACUACAUGGACAGAGAGGUUGUAGACAAGUACAAACUGAUAGUGAAAGUCCAAGACAUGAACGGCCAAUUCUUUGGACUUAUCAGUACAGCAACUUGUAUCAUAACAGUGCAAGAUUCCAACGACAACGCACCCACAUUCAGACAGAAUGCUUAUGAGACUUCUGUGGAAGAAAAUACAUAUAAUGUCGAAAUUUUGCGCAUACCUGUAGACGAUAAGGACUUGAUUAAGAGUGCCAACUGGAAGGCCAAUUUCACGAUCUUGAAAGGAAAUGAAAAUGGGUGGUUCAAAAUCACAACAGACCCAGCCACUAAUGAGGGUGUUCUAUGUGUCGUGAAGCCACUGGAUUAUGAAGAAAACCGUCAAGUGACCCUAGAGAUUGGAGUGAACAACGAAGCUCCCUUCAUCAGAGAUGUUGCAAGCCGAGUACCCACCAUGAACCGGGCCUUGGUUACAGUUCAUGUGAGCAAUCAGGAUGAAGGGCCAGAAUGCAAGCCCCCUGAGCAAUAUGUGCGGAUCAAAGAAAACUCAGCAAUCGGGUCUAAGAUCAAUGGCUAUAAGGCCUAUGACCCUGAAACCAGGAGUAGCAAUGGCUUAAGGUACAAAAAAUUGAAGGAUCCUAAAGACUGGGUCAGCAUUGAAGAAGUUUCAGGGUUGCUCACCAUAUCAAAAACCUUAGACAGAGAAAUCAUGGCUCCAAGAAAUGACUUAUACAAUAUUACAGUCAUGGCAAUAGACCAAGCGGGUAAAUCAUGCACAGGAACACUUGCAGUGAACAUCGAGGAUGUGAAUGACAAUGCACCAGAGAUCAUUGAAGAUUAUCUUGUCAUCUGCAAGCCAAAGAUGGGAUAUAUGGAUAUUUCAGCUGUGGAUCCUGAUGAACCUGUCAAUGGCCCUCCUUUUCAGUUCAACUUGGCAAGCUCUUCUCCAGAAGUCAACAGAAUCUGGACCCUCAAGCCAGUUAACGAUACAGCUGCCCGCCUAUCCUAUCGGAAGAAUGCUGAAGCUCAGAUAUACACCAUUCCUGUUACUGUAAAAGAUAGAGCCGGGAAAAAUGCAACCAAAAUCUUGAGAGUUAACCUGUGUGACUGCACUCACCCCAGCCAGUGUGUGGCCAGGUCAAGGAGUGCAGGAAUCGCCAUGGGGAAGUGGGCCAUCCUUGCCAUCUUGCUGGGCAUCGCACUGCUCUUUUCGGUACUGUUAACUUUAGUAUGUGGAGUUGUUACUACCCGAAAAGGAAAACAUUUUCCUGAAGAUUUAGCACAGCAAAACUUAAUUAUAUCGAACACCGAAGCACCUGGAGACGACAGGGUGUGCUCUGCCAAUGGAUUCACUACCCAGACAGCCAACAACUCCAGCCAGGGCUUCUGUGGCACAAUGGGAUCAGGAAUGAGGAAUGGUGGGCAGGAGACCAUUGAAAUGAUGAAAGGACACCAGACCCUGGACUCCUGCCGCGUCGCUGGCCACCACCACACUCUGGAAUCCUGCAGGGGCGGACACAUGGAGACUGACAACUGCAGAUACACUUACUCAGAGUGGCACAAUUUCACUCAGCCUCGACUUGGUGAAAAAUUGCAUGUGUGUAACCAGAACGAAGAACACAUCCCAUCCCAAGACUACGUCCUCACCUAUAACUACGAAGGCAGGGGAUCUCCAGCGGGUUCUGUAGGCUGCUGCAGUGAAAAGCAAGAAGAGGAGGGACUGGACUUUUUAAACAACCUGGAACCCAAAUUCCUUACAUUGGCAGAAACAUGCACAAAAAGAUAA